AUGGACCAUUUUGACGUGGCAGUCGUCGGCCUUGGCGCCCUCGGAAGUGCCGCGGCAUACCAAGCAGCAGUAAAGGGGGCCAAGGUCAUCGGGUUCGAACAAUUCGACUUUGGACACGUACACGGCGCUUCUCACGACACUUCGCGCAUCGUGAGAACCUCGUACGGCGCCCCCGAAUAUGUGGCGCUUGCCCAAGCUGCAUAUAGGGACUGGGCAGAUCUCGAACGGAGAAGCGGUCUGCAGAUGCUCACGAUAACUGGGGGCGUUGUCUUCUUCCCCCGAGAUGGACCAAAUCCCGCCAGCGACUUCACUGAGAGCCUCGAGGCGAAUGGGCUUCCGUACGAGCUUCUCAGCUCUGAUCAAGUCAACCGACGCUGGCCGCAGUUCAAGAUCCCCGAAAGCGUGGAUACUGUGUACACGGCUGACUCGGGCAUCGUCCAUGCGUCCCAUUCCGUCACAGCUAUGCAAUAUCAAGCGAGAGCCCACGGAGCUGUACUGAAGGAGAGAACGCGAGUGGAUCGAGUAACGCCGGACGCCGACGGCGUUGUUGUUGAGACGUCCAACGGUGCAUUUCACGCUGGCAAGGUGAUCCUGGCAGCCGAUGCUUGGAUCAACAAGCUCCUUGCGCCCCUUGGUGCCGAGAUUCCUCUCUCCGUCAUGCAAGAGCAAGUCACGUACUUCAAGCCAAAUGACACGGCCCCUUUCGAACCAACCAAGUUCCCUGUUUGGAUCUGGGGCGGCGAGAAGUGGUUUUAUGGCUUUCCUAGCUACGGAGAGCCAACCAUCAAGGCGGGCCGAGACAUUUCAAACAAUUUCAUGGCACCCGAGCAGCGCACCUUCGUCCAUUCGCCCGACUUGGUGGAGGAACUGACGUCGUUUAUGGACGAAAUCAUACCAGAAAAGGGACUGCCCUUGCGUACAGUCACUUGUCAAUACGCAAUCACCCCGGAUCGCCAGUUCAUCAUAAGCCCCCUGGAAGAACACAAGAACAUCAUCGUCGGCCUGGGUGGUGGCCACGCCUUCAAGUUCGCCCCAGCUUUUGGUCGGGUCCUGGCCGAACUCGCGAUAGAUGGGAAGACAAGCGAGGAUAUAUCCAAGUUUGGGAUCCCAAGAGCAGCUUCUGCCAGCAAAUUGUAA